AGGUCCUUGAAGGCAGCAUCAGUCCCAGCGUGUGCGGCGCAGCAGAGAGAACCAUGGCGGCCUGUGCCCUACGACGAGGCUUGCUGAGCAGCGUUAGCAAAUACAGCAGGAAACACACUCACAGAAUACUGAGUGUCAGUGACACCAGCAGCGGGCUUGAGGCGUACAAACCACGGUUACAAUGCCGAGCCUGCGGGCUGCUCAGCGGGGCUCAGCAGCGGAGGUUUAUGUCGUCACGGCCUGAAGGGAAGAUUUUGGAGACUGUUGGAGUGUUUGAGGCUGUGAAGCAGCAUGGCAAAUAUGAAACAGGCCAGCUGUUUCUCCACAGUGUGUUUGGCUACAGAGGCAUUGUCUUGUUUCCUUGGCAUGCCCGCCUCUACGAUCGAGACAUCACCCCGCCUGUGUCUGACAGCAAACCUGAGCCCCCCGGAGCCCACGGCUCCAAGGAGGUGAAGGGGAAGACUCACACCUACUACCAGGUCCUCAUCGACACCAGAGACUGUCCACACAUAUCUCAGAGGUCUCAGACAGAAGCAGUCACGUUUCUGGCCAACCAUGAUGACAGCAGGGCCCUGUACGCCAUCCCAGGUUUGGACUACGUGAGUCAUGAAGACAUCCUGCCCUAUAACUCCACUGAGCAGGUCCCGAUCCAGCACGAACUGUUCGAGCGCUUCCUCAUGUACAACCCUACAAAAUCUCCUCCGUUCACAGCCAGAGACACUCUGAAGGCGUGGCAGGAGAAGAACCACCCCUGGCUGGAGCUGUCGGACGUCCACAGAGAGACCACGGAGAACAUUCGAGUCACGGUUAUCCCCUUCUAUAUGGGAAUGAGGGAGGCCCAGAACUCCCAUGUUUACUGGUGGCGCUACUGCAUUCGUCUGGAGAACUUGGGUAAUGAGGUGGUUCAGCUGAGAGAGAGGCACUGGAGGAUCUUCAGCCUGUCUGGGACCUUGGAGACGGUCCGAGGGCGAGGCGUGGUAGGCAGGGUAAAGCAAGCGCACAUCAGCACAACAUCCUAA